UUGCGUGCCUGAGCGAAGGAGAGAGGUGGGAAAGAGUGAGCUCUGCCGCCUCCGGCUCUGGCCGUCAGUCUGCGUGGUUAGAGUAGGGCAACGGGAGGGGGGACCCGGCUUUGAGGGCGAGCACCCGGCCCCACGACGCCAUGGGCUCCAGCUGGAGCAUCUCAGGGGAGGAGGAGGAGGAGCGGCGGCCGCUACUGCGGCCCGGGCCCGUGGUGGGCGCUGGGGCGGCCGGGAGGAGCCGGGCCCCAGCUGCGGAGCGGCCAGCGGCGGCACCGGAGGUGCCAGCGGUGCCGGCGCAGGUCUUAGCCGGGCCUGCGCGAGUGUACGGGCGGCGCUGGCUCGUACUGCUGCUCUUUUCGUUGCUGGCCUUCCUGCAGGGCCUGGUGUGGAACACCUGGGGCCCUAUCCAGAACUCGGCUCGCCGGGCCUACGGCUUCUCCAGCUGGGAUAUCGCGCUGCUUGUGCUCUGGGGACCCAUCGGCUUCGUGCCCUGUUUCGCCUUCAUGUGGCUGCUGGACAAGAGAGGUCUCCGAGUAACUGUGCUGCUGACAUCCUUUCUUAUGGUUUUGGGAACAGGUCUAAGAUGCAUACCUGUAUCAUCAGAUAUCGUGAUUAAGAAAAGAUUGAUCCAUGGAGGACAGCUGCUCAAUGGACUAGCAGGUCCAACAGUAAUGAAUGCUGCUCCGUUCCUGUCGACCAUGUGGUUUUCUGCAGACGAACGAGCUACUGCUACAGCGAUUGCCUCCAUGCUCAGCUACCUUGGUGGUGCUUGUGCAUUUCUAGUUGGGCCUCUUAUUGUUCCAGCUCCUAAUGAAACCUCACAUCUACUUACCUCAGAAAGUAACAGCAUCCAUAUUAAGGAUCGUAUAGAGAUGGUAUUAUAUGCAGAAUUUGGAAUUGUAUGCCUGACAUUUUUUGCAGCAGUCGCCUAUUUCCCAACACGUCCUCCAUUUCCACCAAGUGUGGCUGCAGCAAGCCAGCGACUAAGCUACAGACGGAGUUUCUGUAGGCUCUUAAGCAAUUUGAGAUUUCUGAUGAUAGCUUUAGCCUAUGCUAUACCUUUAGGUGUAUUUGCCGGCUGGUCUGGAGUUCUGGAUUUAAUUUUAACACCAGUUCAUGUCAGCCAAGUAGAUGCUGGUUGGAUUGGAUUUUGGUCUAUAGUUGGAGGCUGCAUUGUUGGAAUAGCUAUUGCAAGAUUUGCAGAUUUUAUCAGAGGCAUGCUGAAGCUAAUUCUUCUGUUACUGUUUUCUGGAGCUACGCUUUCAUCCACUUGGUUUACCCUGACCUGCUUGAACACCAUUACUCACCUGCCUUUAACUACAGUGACAUUGUACGCCUCCUGUAUUCUGCUGGGAGUAUUCUUGAAUAGCAGUGUUCCCAUCUUCUUUGAGCUUUUUGUGGAAACUGUCUACCCGGUUCCAGAAGGAAUUACUUGUGGAGUUGUUACCUUCUUAAGUAAUAUGUUCAUGGGAGUGCUUUUAUUUUUUCUCACAUUUUAUCAUACAGAGUUGUCUUGGUUCAACUGGUGCCUUCCUGGGUCGUGUUUGCUCAGUCUGCUCCUCAUUUUGUGCUUCAGGGAAUCCUAUGAUAGACUCUACCUUGAUGUUGUUGUCUCAGUCUGAGAGCCCAGACUGGGAGGGAUUUACAGAGACUGGCCAUCCAGACAUUUGCUUGGAAUUGCACAACUAAAUGGAGGGGGAAGAGAAGAGAUUAAACUCUCGGAGAUUUUAUUAGGGUACAGAUUUUUAUUUUUAUGUUUAUUUAAUUACUACUAGGUAACAAUAAUGCAGGACUUGAGUGGUAAUAGAGGAUUUUUAAAUAUAUCUGUUUGACAUACAGUUGCCUGAAUCUUGGGCUAGAGGCCUGCUCUCUUUUAAAAAAGAAAAAGCACUCCCCCAAACAGCUGAGAGUCCAUUUUUUUACAAGUGCUGAAUUACUAAGUGAUUAAAUGUAGUUAUAAGGAGGAACUAAAGGGUAAUAUAGGUUCAGUUUCCUCUGCUAUCAAAGAUUCCUUCCCUGAGUCACUGAUCAGAAUAGGAAAAAUGCCAGUAACUUCUUUAGAAGUUUAAAACAUGUACCAGAUUUUCAUAUAAAGUGGCCAACAGAUGUAUAAAUUAGAGUAAUGACCUACUUGUGCAUUACUUUUUUUCUAAUAAAACCAUUUCUUUUUUGACUCUUUAUUUUUAAUUAGGCCAAACCCCUUCAGAUGCUCCUAGUAUACUAAUCCAAAUGCUAGCUGUUUUCCAGCUGCACCUAUUGUUGACUCUGCUUUCUAGCACAUCUGUCAUUUUAUCUUUGAUUCAAACCCUUAGUUUUAUUUUACUGUGAAAUAUAAUUUUGUUUCCCCUUCUACUCUAAAAAAUAUCUUUUUUAAGUUCAGAUUUCCUAAAUUUUUAGCAUGUUCAUUUUCAGUAUAAUAGUUCACUGUCAGUAUUUUAAAUCCUUUUCCUCUGAAUCAGUAUAGAGUGCUUUUGUUAAUAGCGAAAUGACAAAUCACAGGAAUGUUGUCUUCCCAUUCCAUAGAUUUAAGUGCAAAGUGGAAAGUCCAUGACCAGCAUUUUGGUUAACUGGACAUAACGUAUAGCUUUCAAUCACUUUGAAACGUGGUCAGUCUGCUGGUGAUUUCUGAACUGUAAUCUUGUAGUUUAGUUUGUUUUGUAAAGUAUUCAAUUCUGGAUAUAUUCUGUGUGUGUGUGUGUGUGUGUGUGUGUGUGUGUGUGUGUGUGUACAUGCGCCCACGCGUGUGCACAUCUGUGCUUCUCGGACUAUCCCAUUGUGAGAUGGUAGCUUUCUGAAGAAGAAUCCAGUGCUUACCUGUCAGGCAGAUCUUUCAGUGACAUGAAGUAUGAUGGGUUUGGGACAUACAGACAUUCUAAGAAGAAAAUCAAAGGGAAAAAAGACGACUUCUCCAUCCUCUGUUACCUUUUGGUUUGAUUUCUUUGUUAACCAAACCUUGUUUAAGCAGAAUUGUUUUGUCUUUGCCUGAGGUGGAGGAAGGGUUACAUUGAAGGAGCCUGAUGAAGAAAGAGUUGAUCAAAGCUCACCAUUUUACACCACCCCUCUGCCCCCACGUACAUACCCAACCCAGCCUCCUCUGCUUCUCCUCCCUCUGCCUCCUUUCUGUUGACCUUUGUGCUUAGAAUUGCAGGGCUGUUGGCCACAGCCCCAACCCCAUGAGGAGUCACAGGAGUGAGCUGAGACUGCUGCAACACCCUGGUUGUCUUCCUCUUAGCCCCAGACCUAAAAAUAGCCCUUGUCAGUCACUUGCAUAUGUCUCCAUCUGCAACCUCAGUGCUCUCUGGGCAUUACUUUUCUGGCCCUGAAAGGAAUCUGUUGGGGGGACAGAAGAAGGGAGGACUUUUAAGAGCCUGUGUUCUAGUUGACCAUGAUUUCUUUAGUAAAUGGGAAAUAAGAAUUUCAAAAAUUAAUUCCGUUUGCUCAAGGGCGGGAUAAACCACAAUCCUUGUUUUGUAGUGAAAGUGUCAGGGGAACUGAUGGAAGUAAAGAUAUAUUUAAUGCCAAAAUUAUGCAGUUGAGGAAUCUGGUAUAUAAAGUUCUGCUACAGCAAGAAUUCUUUCUGGUGAGUCUUCUACACAUAAUGGCUUUUUGAAAUCACACUACAACAAGGAGAACUGAGUGGGAUUUAUGAAAAAAAAUCUGGUGUCUACACUGUAUCUAGUGUUAUACACAGGUAACUUACUGAUUCCAGACCAACCCAGUCCAAGUGAGGACUGAUGGUAGGUCCCUGUCACCUAACAGAUAACCCCUUGUAAGUUAAGCAGCAUGCAUGAAAUGAGUUUGGUCUUUGGUUCUCUGUAAGAUCAGUGUACUUCAGGGCUUUUCCUUCCAAGCAGUUAAGCCUCAUAUGGGAAAGCUAUUGGAAAGAGCCAAAAGGAUUUAGGGAAAAACAGCUUUUUAAAAAUAAAAGGGAAAAAAAAAACUUCAUUUCAAGUCAGCUCAACAGUAAGGGGGAAAAAAAUCACAUUCUCUUCUUGUUAUUUUUGCUUCUAACAGUGUGCCUCAAAAUAUAGUGGGGACUGUCUGGGACACCAUAUGAAUGAGAUAGAUCAUAGAAUUAUGAAGUGGUAGAGCUAGAAAGAACCUUAAAAGGUCAGCUAGUCCAAGCUCCUCAUUUUACAAAGGAAGAAACGGGAAGAUGUCUCUUACAGAAGGUCACAAAGGCAAUAAGAGGUCUGGCCAGGACCAGACCCCUAGUUCCAUCUUGCAAUUUAGUGCUUCUUCCACCACACCAGAACUUGUCUAAUUUUAGCAUCUUGUGUCGUGCUUAUGAAUAAUUUUUCUCAUAACUCAUAAAAAGAUGAGUUAAUGGUAGCGAUGCAGUUACGAUGUCAUGACCUUCAAUAAGGUACAGAGAUUGAAGUUACUCUGUGCAGUUGAGAUUUUAUUUCUUUUCCUUCAUAAGCACCCUUGGUUCUAGAAGACCUUUAGAUCGUGCAUUGGGAUGGAUGGAAUAAUACAGGAUUCCAUAGAAAGGUGUAGUUUUAGUAAAUUAAACAAUGUAGAAGAGAAGCUAAUUUGUACUACAAGCAGAACCAGCUUGAUUAUAUGCCAUACCAAUAGAAAGACUGCAUUUUAACAAGUAGGAUCUUUUUGUGCAGUAUCCACAGUGAAAGUGGUCAAAUUUGCGCACCUAUGCCUAUUAUUACUUAAACACGAAGGCACCAUUCCUAAAAGGCAAAAGGCUACCAAUGCAUUUGUGUGUGUGUGUGUGUGUGUGUGUGUGUGUGUGUGUGUGUGUGUGUGUGUUAAAAAUGUAUGUGGCUUGAGAGAGACCUUGAAUAUCAUCCUAUGUUCACAUCUGUCUAUUGAAGGAAGAAGUUAGGAUUUGCAUAUAUGAAGUUCAGCUAUUAAAAUAUAUUUACUACAGAAUCUUCUAAUUGAAGAUAUUAAACACUACUUACCUUUCAGUCAAUUUUUUCUGCUCCUCUUGUUAAAUCGCAGAAAGCAUUUUGCUAUUUGUUUUUAAGAUAAAAGCCCCAUUUUUAAUUUGAGUUUAAAGACAAGCCAAAUAGAAAAUUUAGGUUAACGUGAAAUAUAUUCAUUUCCUUAGCAACACACUGAAAUGAUGAUCUUAAUUCCAAAUCCAGGACAUUUUCUUUUAUCCCAUGUUGCCCUCAUGUUACCCCAGUCCCAUGGGACAUUUCCCCAUCACAAAGAGGGCUGUCAAAUGUUUAUGUAACCUUACAGUGAAAAAUAAUCUGGAUUAGACCAAAAAGUGGGCGAUUGGAUAUAUAAAUCAAAACUAUUUUAUAAUUCAGACUUUUCACUAAAUCAGAGCAACCUUCCCAUUUACUCAAAAUCACACUGUUAAAUGCUGUGUAAUUGUGAAUUCUCUAUAUAUUCUUGGAAUGUUAAAACUGGAAAAGACGUUGACAAUCAUUUUUCUCCAAGACUUUAUAUGGUAGAAAAGUGGGAAGGUCCCUGAAAUUUAUAUAGAACUUUAUAGUUAGAAAGCAAUUCCAUAUAUCUCACUUGGUCCCAACAAUCCUCUUAUAUAAGCAAUUCAGUGUCUUUAUCAUUCACUUUCUACUCAUGAGGAAACCAAGGACCAGAGAGAUAAAGAGGCAGCCAAGAUCAUAGGGCUAGUCAGUUUAAGCCCCAGGACCAGAACCCAGGUGACUUGACUUCUGGUGAAGUUCUCUUUGUGAAUAUGUUCUCUUUGAAUACCACAGGCAGAAUCCUCAAAAUCGCUUUUGAAACUGAAAUAUGUUGGAAACUCUUUCAUAGCCAUAUUAACAAACUUUAUCUUUCAAUAGAGAGUUUCCUAGAGAUGUCCUAGUGUCAUAGAAAAAACACUUAACUUAGGGUCAGGAGACCGAGGUUCAAAUUCUGAUUCUACCACUUAAUUGUCAUAUUACCUUGGACAAAUCCCUGAACUUAUAAUGAACCUCAGUUUCAUAUCUUUAAAAUGGCAAUAAUCUUGCUAGCCUUACCUACCUCACAGGAUUUAGAUCAAAAGAAAUAAUGUAUGUGAACACACUUUUUAAUUGAACCGGGAAUGUUAGUUAAUGCUUCAAUACUAUAAUCUCAUCAACAUGAGAAUUCCUUCCAUUGAUGCAAUUAUCUAUCCUCAUCCUGUGAUUCUUAUUUAUUCUCAUAGAUCCCCCUGAUAUGUUGGAGGCCUUCCACAGGGUCAUUUUUACAUUUUGUGGGCACCAGUCCCUCCUCCUACUUUUCUCAUCAUCCCUUUCCUUUAUGAUAUCCCUUAUUCCACUUUCUGUUCAUUGAGUAUCAUUGGAAAUAAUACUAGGACCUACUUGUAGUCAAUAGGUCAUCUACAACUUGAUUCUUGAGGAAUUAGGGUUUUCCAAGAUUCACAACCUGACAGCAUUGCUGGGAGAACAUUUGUGGUGGGGUUUUAAAUAGAGAUUUUUGUUCUAGGGAUCAUACUGAGGUCAUUUAAAGCAGUUUCCUAAAUGCAAUCUAGCCAACUUUAUUCCUUCUAUUCAAAACCGAGCCUUCUUCAUUGUCCAUCUACCAUAUUUUUCCCAGAUGUAUGUACUAAUAUGUUCAUGAUAAGACUUGUUUUACUUGGCCCCAGAGGGCAGAAUUAGAAGCAUGGGACAUAUUUAGAUUUGAUAGAAGGGGGAGGCUUCCUAAAAAUUAGAUCUAUCCAAGAAUGAAAUAGGCACUCUAGGAAAUAAUCAGUUCUGCUCUCCCUCCCCAGAAAUCUUCAAAGAGUGAAUGGCCACUUUGGUAAGUUAAUGGAGAGGAUUCCUGUUCAAUUACAAGUUGAACGUAGUGGCCACUGAGCUUUUGUGAUUUUGUGAAUUCAGUGGACUGACCAUCCAACAGUAUAUCAUAGUCUGCACAAAAGUCAUUUUUUGGGCCAACUUCUUUUGAGUGAUCAUGGAUCUCUUUGAAGAAUUCCUGUAGUGUUCUAUGGCUUGAUGUAAAUAACAUAUCAUCAUCCCCAUUAAGAUCUCUCUGGUUACAUUUUUCAAGGAAUCUUGAAAUGUGAUAUUAACACAUGUAUGAGGUUUUAUUUCAUUUCAUUUUUUAAAUAUUUUUCCAUGUUUCCAUGAUUCAUUUUCUUUCCUUCCCCUUUCCCCUCCCCUCUCCUGGAGCUGACAAGCAAUUCCACUAGUUAUUACUAGUGUUAUUACUUGAUAUCUAUCCAUGAAAGAUGUUCUGUUGCAUUACAAAAUCAGUUGUUGGUUGUUGUUUUUUUUUUCAUCAACAGACUUUAUACAGUGGGAUCUUGUAUUCUCUGCACCUUUCAGGCAGUUGUAUAAUUAUAAAGAUGUGUUCUACUGCAGAGAAUUCUAUAAGAAACCUGUCCGUUCUCUUCUCAUAUCUAUCGCUUUUCACUCUUUUAUGAGAUGCUGCUGCCUGCAAUCAUUUACCAUCAGCCUCCAUAUUUAAUAUACAAAUGAGUUUGUAUUCUUAACUAUUGUCACUCUUGGCUAAUAUUUCCCUCAUCCUGGCAGGAAGACCAAGAGAUUGUUGGCUAAACAAGAUUUCUGGCCUACUCACUGAAUCAAGGAUACCCUCAAUAUGUGUGUGAAUCAUUCUGAUAAAGAUUGUAUUAAGUCAAGAAGAUAGGCAUAUGGGUCCAGAGUAAAUGAUGUUCUCAGUCACUUUAUCAAAAAUAACGUUAUCCACAUUCUUUCUAUUCUUCCUCUCUCUGUGAUAACUUCUAAAACAAUACCUUUGGAGAUUAGUAUCACUUCUAUGGAUUUCUUCAGGGUGCAUUUGGUGUAGUCUAUCCAUUCUUCCCAAAUCUUCUCAAGUACUCUCUUAACUUAUAGUACAGGCUGAAGUGUUAGGGUCCAAAUUUUGUAGUUUGACCUUUACUGAUAAUGAAUAUGGAUUGGCAUAGAAAUGAUGACAAAUUUGUUCCAUUUUCCAUUUGCUGUCCUGGCAGAUUCACUUCUCAGUUCUCCCAGGAUGAGAAAACCCAGUAGGGUUUUACAAAAAGCUUUCUGUAAUUGUUUUCGCUUCUGCUGCUUUUCACUGUUUUAUGAGAUACUGCCUGCAAUCAUCUACCAUCAGCCUCCAUAUUUAAUAUACAAAUGAGUUUGUGUUCUAAGCUAUUGUUGCUCUUGGCUGGUAUUUCUCUUAUCUUGGCAGGAAGACCAAGUGAUUGCUGGCUAAACAUGAUUUCUGGCCUCCUCUUUGAAUCAAAUGCUUUAUUUCUAUUAAAUCUUUGCAAAAAAUAGUGACAGCCAAGGUCAGCCACAUUGCCUUUUUCCAUUUGCUGGUUGUUGUUUUUUCACUUUAAUGGUUCCUUUGAGUACAUUGGGUUGCAGGUAUUGCACUCUUCCCAUCUUUUAUACUCCAACUUUUAUGUUGAUUUUGACUUUUUCAGUAGUCUUACCUGAAUGCAAAAAGCUGAUUCCAAUAUGACUGGCAGUCGUAGUAACCAGCCAUUCCCUAUCUGUUAAAUAUAUUUGGUUUCAUUCUUUGUGAAACCAUUUGGCAUUUGCUAUCUCCAUCCUCUUCCAACUCUCCUCUGGAAGAAGGUAUUCAGGAUAUGUAGGCACGAGACUUCUCAACAGUCUGAAAUAAGCCUUUGGCCUUUUCCAUCUCUCAAGCCUGAGCCAUAUUUCCCCACAUACUUUUUGAUAUACUCCUGACCUAUCCUCCCAAAUACCAAGGGUACGCAUUUAUUUGGUUUGGGGCACGUGGUAUGGUAUAAAUGUUAGCAUAUGAACUGCUUUAUCUUCCCAGCAUUGUUGUUGUUGCUGGUGUUUAUAUUCAUCUUGUGCACAGACUACAGGCAGAGAAGACUGCUGCACGAGAAAUCACGUUUCUUGUUUCUUUAGGGAACCUGAUGAAAUCAGCUUGGCCAAAUCCUUGGUCUCCCUCUCCAAAUAAAACAUGUAGGCCCUCCUUCUAUUUUGUUGUAGCUUCUUUUUGCCUCCUGGUUUCAUCUGUCCCAAGAAUAUCAAUAUUGAUAUACUGCACUUCUUCUAGCAGUCUGUCAGUUGGCUUGUCAUUGGGCAAAGUUCUCCCAUGUAGGGUAACUACAGAAGAAGUUAACAUUUGUAGACAUCUACAAAUUGUAUGGUUCUUAGCACCCUCGUCCUUAUUUAUCUCCAUUCUUCUAACUGUCACCACAGAAAUGGAGGCGGCUGCCUAGGAAUAAAGAUUUUUUAUUUUUGUUUUAUGGGUCUCUGUGGCCACAGGAAUUAAUCAUAAUGAGUCUCUUCUCACCAAGCUAUAACUCGGUCCUUGGACAGUCAGUCCAAAAUCAAAAUCACAUCAGACACCCGGAAUUUACUUCUUCUCCACAUGAUAGUACUUGCCAAAGCCUACUUAUUCUCUGUUAAGUUAGCCUUUGCAGACCCAGGAUCCCCUGAAUGCCACAGAGACUUCAUGGAACUUGCUUAUAUAUGUGUCAGUUAGUAUUUCCUCUUCCAAACAAGAUUGUACCCCAAAUAGGGUUAAUUAUAUGUAAGGACAUUUCACCUAGGGCAGAGGUUCUUAACAUGGGGACCACGAGCUUUUAUUUUCAUCCAGGGAACUUUUAUUUUUGAUAACUCUUUCAAUAUAAUUAGUUUCCUUUACUAUCCUAUUUACUUUAUCUUAUACAUUUAAAAACAUUAUGGCUUCACCAGACUGCCAUAAAGAUCCAUUAAAAAAGGGGCGGGGGAGAGGGGUAAAGAACAUCUGCCUAGAGACAAUAUGCUAUCUAACUUUUUAUUGCAUUCUGAGAUUAAAUGGUACCAUGCCAAAAUGCAGUAGUCUCUAUUUGUCCUAUUAGGGGUAGAUGGUUUGCAUUUUCAUUUAGCCUAGCUCACUCCAAACAAUAACACUCUUUUUUUUAAUAUCGUGACAAACUUUUUAGUGGUGAGGAUCAUCUUUAACUUUUAAACAGUGAAUAUCAGAGAAUACUAUUCCUUGGGUCCCUAAUUUAUGCUGAAGAAAUCAAACACUAUGGGAAGCAAUGCUCUAUAUCUUGGGGAAGAAUGAGUAACAUUGUACAGUUCCUUUUCUUUAAAAAAUUUUUUUAUUUUUAUCAAGAACCUAUUCUAACAUUUCCUAGUUGGUUACAAACUAAAAAUCCAGCUUCUGGGUAUGCUUCAUCUGGCACUUUAGUGGUUCUGUCUCAUGCUGCUGAUGAAACAGAUGAACUUUAAGUAGGACAAGAUUUUAGCUUCCUUCUUGUCAAUUCUAACUUCCCCUUCCUCUCUCCCAUCCAACUUUCCUCCUUGUCUUCAUAUCUAUUUAUUUGUUUCUGACCUAGUUACAGUGAGUUUUAUGGAUUGUGAUCUCUUCGAAUUGCUUUGUUUGGAGGAGGAAAGCUUGUCGAGCAAUAUCAGUGCUAGAAAGUGGGAGAAAGGCUGAAAUAGGAUUUAUUUAGGAAAUCAGAUUUUCACGUAACUUUAAAAGAACUCUCAUGUAUAUGUCACUUUAAGGCUUACAAGCAUUUUGCACAUCACCUCAUUUGAGUCACUCAUCAACCUUGUGAGAUGAACAUGGUCUCUGUUUUUCAAGUAAAGAAACUAAGACUCAGAAAGGCUUGUUGAUUUUCUAGGGUUUCUCACCUAACACCAAGUCCAGCACUCUUUUAUUUAGACCAUGCUACCUGUGUGACCUUGGACAAGUCACUAUAUCUUGUAAUCUGUUUGUAAUCUAUAAUCCUGUUUGUAGUCUUUGUAAUCUGUCAAAGCAGGAGAAUUGAAAUAGGUGACUUCUCAAAUCUCUUCCAGCACUGAAAUCCUACAUUAUUUAUUGGAACCUAAUAUUGUCAGUAUUCAUAAAUUACUGAAAUAGUCAAUAAGGAGGUGCUUUACAAAAACAAGCUCUCUCCUAAUAGGAAUCCCUGUGCACAUAAAAUGUUAAAUACCUCAUAUACCCUUUGCUGUGAAAAGGAAAUGAAUUGUGAGGUUCUAGUCAGUGGGAGAUAAGCUGUUUUCCUGAAGGACUUCUCAUACAAAAUGCAUGGUUUAUUAAAUUCACCAAAUACAAUAAAAGAAAGUCUAUCUUCUGAUGUUCAGAUAGCAGUAGGAGAGUGAAUUGAGAGGACUACAUUUGCUCCCUGGCGUCAAAUCGAAACCAAGAAAGUAUCUAUUGGAUUGGUUUGAUUCAUUCUAAGUAAGCAAAGUUUCAUGUCUAGAAAUCAGACUGUCAGGUCAGGCAUUCCAAUUGUUCUUUGAACUCCUUUUUCUGCAGCAGCGUGGCACCAAGAGACAGCAAAGUUAAUUUGAAAUAACAUACAGCAUCUCUUUUUUGUGUGAAAAUCACAGUAUUUGUCUCCAUUGCCAAAUUGUUUCUGCAAAGGGCACAAAUAAUUUCCAAAUACAUAAAAUGGACUAACUCCUUACUCUCACCUAGAAAAAAUAUCAUCUGUGUUGUAGAAGUGAUAGUAAAUAAGUCAAUUUGUCUCUGUCACAUAAGCCUAAAAUACAUAAAAAUCAUAUGCACCAAAAUAUCCAGUAAUACUGACAUAGAGCAUUCACACAAACAUUGAUAAUUCUGCAAUGUUUCAGGCCAAAGACUUUUCUUGGCCUGUGUUGCUGAUGCCAGGCAGUAUGCAUACUGGUUUUUGCAAUUGUGCUUGGUUUUUAAGCCCAUGUUUAUGGAACAGCUGUGUAUUUGCAGUUGGGGGAGCUUCCUCUUGUACUCUCAGAUAUAUAAAGGAACCCAAGCCCGGAUUCUUACCCUCAAGGCACUCACGGUCUGAUCAGGAAGAAGCUGUGGACCCUUGAGAUUGUAGAAGUAUAUUGAUGGCUAUGGGAGUGACCCAUUCAGGGCAAAGUCUUUGCAGUGAUCCUGCAAUGAUCCUCCCAACCACUUUGCUCAAUGCAGCAGAAAGCUCAGCCAUUUUGGGUACACCAUAACUAAAACCAGUUUCAUGGCAAGGUUACCUUUGUCUAGGGCAGGCUCUCGGAUUUACUAGAAGCCUAGGAGCAGUUCUGUCAUGCAGAAGCCUAACAUUUCUCCGGAGGAUUAGAGAACUGAUCGCUAUCUCAGCCAUUGUUCUCGCUGAACUAGAGUCCAUAUUUACAUUCCAGAUCCUAGAAUAAAGGUUAAUACCCAAGCUAGACAAAAUUGCUGAAUUCAGUUUUUCCUCAUCCCUCCUUCCACCUCACUUCUCCUUUAUUCUUCCUUCUGUUUUGCUUCCCCACUUCUUCUCUGUCCUUCCUGUGCCCGUUGCCCUUAUAGCUCUUCUACCCUAGUGUAAACCUUAAAAUUUCUUAGACUUAUGAAUGUUGGAAAUUUCUCCAUUUCCAACAUUAGGUAGGGAGGGUCCUUCUCCUCCCUACCUAAGACUACUUUAGGACAGAAACCUUUUGCUAAACAAUGGAAAGGGCUUUGACCUAUGCUUAAGCAUAGAACAGGAAAUUCUUUGAGUCAUGAUUGAUUUUAGAAUUGAUAAAAUAGAGAUACUUGGAAUGACAGAACCAGGUCUUGGAACUUCCAAUCUCCACCUUACUCAGUCUAACAGGAUUUAGGAAGGGCUGCAAAGUCUAAGAAAUUUUAAGGUUUACACUAGCCAACCUUGCUUUCAGGAAAGACUCAUAAAUUCAUAGAUCUACAGAUACAAAAAUGACUGAUAACAUUUUGCUGUGUGUUUUAAGUGGGAACAAAAUUAAGUCAAAGGAACGAAUGCCUAAUCAUGGAAUUUCAGAAAGGAAAAGAUUAUGCUGUGUAUCAAAGAGCCUUUCCCAGAGCCCCUAGAACCCAACCUUGCCAACAUGUUUGGGUCAUAUGGAUUAAUCCAUCUCUUUCUAGUAUACCUGUUCUUGAAGCUUUCAGUCCCCAAAGCAAAUAUAGAUACCUGGAAAAUGACAUACAUUUUCCAUAAUUUCUAAUCCUUCAAAGUGAUUUCAUUUGCCAAAAAAACCUCUCCACCUCUGAAUUUAAUUAGUUUUCUCCUUCUCCUAUGCCAUAGUCCCUUCUUCCCCAUCCCCCAAAAAGGAAAAAAAGAUUCUUUUAAAGACAUGGAAACCACGUGUUAAGGAAAGUUCUGAAAUAACCCAACCCCCAACAGAUUCAGAUCAAUCACUUCUUUGACCUACAUAUGUGCUACUAAAAAUCCAAUCCUUUUAUCUAAAUAGAUAAAACGAUUUUUAAAAUCAUAGGGCUAGAAGGGACCUUGAGAGAGGUCAUCUGUCCAGCCACCCAUUCCAUCUGCUGAAAAGCAGCACUUAAUGAAAUAUCAAUGGAGUACACUUCUGAAACUAAGUGUAAUACGUGCCAUCUAUUUUUAUUAGUCCUGUUUUUGCCCUUGUACAGAUAAUGAUCUAAACUGCCUAAUUCACAGGACACUGCUUUUUCUGAUCAGUGCUAUGGCCGAGAUAGGACCACUUUGGUUUAUAGAGUUCCCUUUCCCUUUCUUCUCCCUGACAUCAGGAACCCCUUUCCUGUUUUCCUUUGAAAGGCACAGAAGGUUUUUACUAGCCCUCAGAGGUGGGGCCCAGUCAAGAACAAGGGAUGGAAAUGAAGGUGAAGGGGUAAAAGCAGAGGCAGAUAGAAUCACACAACGAGCAAGGCUCAGAAUUCAGAGCUGAAUCCUGGCUCGGCCACUUCAUUCUUGUGUGUCUUUCACCUCUUCGGGCUUCUGUUCCCUCUUUUAAGAUUGGAGUUGGACCCAGUGACCGUUGAGGUCCCUUCUAGCUCUAAAGGCCUCUGAACCCCAAAGACACCAGGAAUCCAACCCCCAAGUAUAGAAAAGAGUCCAUUAUCAGCCCUUGCGCAUUUGACUCUCGGCACCGAAGAGUGGUCCAAUCUAGAGCCUAGGAAUGGGCCCGCUAACGCCCCCUACGCUACUUUUCAAAGCCUUGUGGCCCACCAGAGUCGGAGCAAGUUCUUGGUGUUUGUUAGUGUAUUGAGAAGCCUGCAGGAGGCAGGGGCAGGAUGACUCAACUUGCUCUUGUGCCCUUGCCAUCUUGGAGGCGAGGCGAGGUCAGGGAACUCUCAUAUUUUACACGAUUUCAGACACCAAACUCAGCAGAAGAGACUGCAGGAUAUUCUUCACUGAAAUAAGACAGCAUUCUAACACUCCAUCUCACAGCUGCGGUGACCUCUAAGCAGCUGUUAGAAGCACCACAACUCUGGCUUCCCUCCUGGUGCUGAUGAACAUUUCCCAUUGCUUUCCUUAACAGUUCUAAUGUUUCAGGGCAGAACGGGCAGUGGGAAGAGCCCUGAGUAUGGAGGUGGGGAAAGGAGGUUCAAAGCCCAGCACCUACCCCUCGCCCUUUAACCCUCGGCGAAUCCCGCGCCCUCAGGUGUCCUCGUGUUUUUUAGAUGGAGUGUUAAUACCAAUUUUAAGGUUCGUUUUUGCCUUGCAUCUUAAGGAGAGUUCCGUGGGCACUUGUCAAAUCCUCUCACUUUGUCUGUACUUCUGGUAGCUGCCACAAGGUGAAUAAUAGUCCUGCCUCAGAGGGCUCAGACUCGUGUUAAGCUUUGCUCCAGCAUGAUUAACUGAAAGAAGUAGAAAUAGCAGAAAAUUCAACAAUUAUUUCCCUUUCUCUAAGAAUAUACUUUUUAAAUUAAAAUAGAAUAGAAUAGAGGAACAGCUGAGUGACUCAGUAGAUUGAGAGCCAAGCCUAGUGAUGGGAAGACCUGGGGUCAAAUUUGGCCUCGGACACUUCUCGUCGUCUGACCCUGGACAAGUCACUUAACCCCCAUUGCCUAGCCCUUACCACUCUUCUGCUUUGGAGCCAAUAUACAAUAUAGACAGACGGUAAAGGUUUUUUUAAAAAACUACAACAAAAUGGAAUAAAUUAUUUAAACACUAAAAAAUCAGCAAAGUAAAAACUGUUUAGAGCAAGAUUGAGAGAAACCUCUCCCUACACCUUGAACUGUUCUCACCUUAAACUUCAGCACCUCUUACUGUGUAGUCACCCUAGUUUUCCCUCUCCUCAAAUCAGAGGUUGAGUCGGAAGUCCUCUCCUCGGUUCAAGCAGUGGUGCUGGCUUUGGUGUGAUUUUGCACUAGAAGGUCAAUUAUCUCAUCAGUAAUUGAACCAGUAUUUAUACUAAUGGCUCUUUCUGAUUCCGUAUCUUGGUCUUGUUCCUACUAGAAGGUUCUCGAAGGCCAACCUUUAAUUCAUCUCUGCCAUUUACCGCUAGAACUUGGAGCAAGGAAUUUAACCUUUCAGAUCCCCAGCUGAAAACUAAGGGGGUUGGAGUGCAUGAUCCCCGCGUUCCCUUCCAGCACUAAAUCUGGGAUCUUGGGAACGAACCAGCCUUGAAACAAAGGCAUCAGGCUACCCCCUUAGCCCCUGUAGGCUCAGUAAUCCUGGGGGACAGUAACAGCUGUGUGUCCACCAGCAUCAGCGAGGGAUAGCCGUCUUGCUUCAGCCGGGAGAGUGGAGUCAUACACCCAAAUCCCCCCCCCCCAUUAGAAAAAGGCUUCUCUUGGCAACUCUGUUAGCUCGCUCACUCACUCUGCCCCCUCUCUCUUCAAGAUUGAAUUCUUUUUCAUAUCAACCUGUCAGUUUCCAUGGAUUUUUAAAAACUAGGUUUCCUGCUAACACAAAUGGCCUUUUUGUGUGUGAAGGAACUCUGCCUUAUUUUCCCUCAGAACAUUUUAAAACUCAGUUUUACCACUACAAAGGGUGGAUUCCCACCACCCACCCAGCUGUUUGUUAGAGAGAAGUUUCCUCAGAGCCUCAUAACCAUUAUCCUUUUCCAGGAGGGAGGCAGAUAAUUAAAAAGGGUAUGAGAAAGGGAGAGAGAAAACUAGCUCGGGCCAUAAAUCAAUGUCUGUAUGGCCCAAUGGCCUUUGGGAAUACUGUGGUUCAUCUGUGCCAUGUGGGCCCCAACCCUUUCUGAGAAAUAAUGUGCUAAUCCUGAUCAUGUGCCCUCCAGGGUCUUAAAGUCCCCCCUUUAGCCCCAGGAGCUACCAUCAAAGUGUGUGCUGUGUAGUGUACAAAAUACCAUAUGACACUUUAAAGAGAAGGAAGGACAUUCAGUUCCUCUGGUCGUCUUAGAGAAAACAAGUUUGCAGGUACCAGGCCAGGACCCUGAAACGAAGGAAACUAUAGAUGGAAAUUUCAAGAGGGUAGCUGUAAACAGACCUCCUGGAAUGGGGAUUCUUCACUUUUCCCGUGUCAUAGACCCCUUUGGCAGUAUAGUGAAGCCUAUUUAUAGCCCUUUUCUCAGAAUAAUGUUUUUAAAACAAACAAACAAAAAGGAACCUAAUUAUAUUAAAAUCAGUUAUUAAGAUUAUUUUUAAGUUCAUGAAUCUUAGCUUAAACAACUUCUAGGUUCAAAUCUGGCCUCAGACACUUCCCUGUUGUGUGACCCUGGGCAAGUCAUUUAACCUCUAACUACCUAACCCUUAUCACUCUUCUGCCUUGGAACCAAUACAUAGUAUUGAUUCUAAGACAAAAGGUAAGGGCUAAAAUAAAUAAAUGAAUGAAUGAAUAAAUGGGCAACUCCUGCCCUAGAAGGUCUAGGAGACUUAGUAGAAAGAAGUCUUAUAAAAAUGGAGGCCAAGAGCAGCAAGGUAGCACAGCAGAUAGAGUGCCAGGCCUGGAUUUGGGAAGACGACCUGCGCUGAAAAUGGCUUCAGACACUUCCUAGCUAUGUGGCCCUGAGCAAGUCACUUAACCCCAGUUGCCUAGUCCUUUCCAGUCUUUGAUACAAAGAUGGAAGAUAAGGGCUUAAAAAAAUUUUUUUAAGUAAAAACUAAAAUAAAAUAAAGUGGAGGCCAAGGAACAAAGCUGCUCUUCUCUACUAGAAAGAGGCUGUCUGAGGAGGCAGCAGGUUGUAAUGGGAAGAACACUGGCUCCAGAGUUAGAAUCCUAGAUUUGUCACUUGGUACCUGCAUAACCUUGGCCAAGCCCCCUUUCUGAAUCUUUCCUCAUCAGCACAAUGUUAAGAUUAAACCAUUUGACCUCCCAUCCCUUAACAUUCCAUUAUGCUACAAGAUAAGGUCUAACUGACUCCAGGAACUUUCAGGGAGUUCAACAAAUAAUAAGAUGUAGUGAAUCCUAAAACUGCAGGGGCUCGUGCAAAGAUCUCUCAAGGAAGCAUGAAGUGGGUAAAAAGCUGGGCUUAGACAAUGAUACAUGUAAAGCCCGGUGGAAGGGCUCGUUAGCUACUGGAGGGGGAGGGAAAGAAUGAAUCAUGGAACCACAGAAAAAUAGUCUAAAUUAAAUAAACCUAAAAAUAAAAUAAAAUGAGAAAGGACACAAUUUUUAAAAUGAAAAAAAGAUCAUCUUUUGAUGAAACAGUGGAAUGUAUUGGAAAGAACUUCUGAAUAUGGCAGGAACUUAGCAAUUGGUGAUUGAAUAAAUAAGUGAUGUAACAAGUUGAAAAAAAAAAGCUGGGCUUAGAGUCAGGAAGUCUCAAGUUCACAUCUUGCCUUUGAAGGCACACCCAGUGUGGGUAGGUCACCUAACCUCUCUGGACCUGAGUUUCUCAGCUGUAAAAAUGAAGGGAUUACAGGCCUACUCGGUGGCUCAAUGGAUUGAGAGUCAGGCCAGGAGUCAGAAGGUCCUGGGUUCAAAUGUGGUCUCAGACACUUCCCAGCAAUGUGUCACUUAACCCCAGUUGCCUAGCCCUUUACUGCUCUUCUGCCUUGGAACCAAUACUAUUUCUCUCACACAGACACACACAUGCACCUCUUGCAAGCUUCCAUGUCCAGACACUGGAAUACUGAAAAUGAAACUUUCCAUGAUCUAUCUGAGUCAAAUCACUUGACAGUUGGGACCUUCUUCCCAAUUGGGGAGAGAACAGGAGGGAGUUCACAAGUGAGGAGAAUGUGCUAGAGCAGGAGGAGAAGGGACAUCUCCUAACACCAGCCAUUCAAUCCACUAUGAAAUGGGCUACUGCAAAAGCAGCUAAGCAACAGCUGAUAGCUGGACCAAAGCCAAAACAAUUGCUUUGAGUUGCCAGCCUAGCUAGCACUGACCAAGAUAUUUUGUUACGGGGGCAGCUGGGUGGCUCAGUGGAUUGAGAGUCAGGCCCAGAGAUGGGAGAUCUUAGGAUCAAACUUCCUAGCUGUAUGACCCUGGGCAAGUCACUUAACCUCCAUUGCCUAAGCCCUUCCCAUUCUUCUGCCUUGGAACAGAUACUUGUAAUGAUUCUGAGGCAGAAGGUAAGGGUUUGCUUGGUUUUUUUUUUUAAUGUUUUUGGUUAUACAACACACCAGGAUAAUUAGUUUGUCUUAUAAUCCUUAGACAAUAAAAGAUUUUACAUGACUCAUUAGGAUCAUAGAAUUGUUGAAAGAGGAAGGACCCUUAGAGGAGCCCAACCAUUUGAUUUUAUAGAGGCCUAGGAAUUUGAAGGGACUUCCCAAAAUCUUGUAGGCAGUUUAGUGGCAGAAUCUAUAGUGGGACCUGAGGCUUCUAACUUUGAAUUGAUGUAAUUUUGCACUUGGUGGGUGGGCAGAAUUCCAGCAACUUCAUCCUUCUAGGGACAGCCAUGAAGAUGGAAGCUGGCCAGAAAAACUCCAGUGUAAGGAAAAUAGCUCAUCUACCCCACUCACUUUCCUUACUCUUCUACCUCCUUUCUCAGAGGCACAAAAGAUAUUUGAUUUACUUUAUAUAUCCAGAAUACAUGUUUAUCCAUUUUCCUUGGAAGCCCUUAGUUCUGUACUAUAUUGCAAUUGCUCUGAAAAAUAACAUUUUUGAUUGCCGGGGGGGGGGGGGGGGUGAUCUACCAGCACAAUAUGAGUAGAGUUGGAGUGUGGUAGCCAAAAAGAAAACUAGCACAGCCUCAGAUGGUUAUACUUGAGUCACGAAUCCUAUCCAGAACUUGGGAGUCGCUGGUUCCAUUCCUGGUCAGACCUCAGCUGGAGCAUUCUGUUCAGUUUCACGUCUACAUUUUGGAAGGACAUUAUGAUUGGCCAAAGGAGACAACCCCUCUAGCUAUGGGUCUUGAGAUCAUGCCCCAUACAGAUCAACCAAAGACAAGGGAUGUUGAGCCUGGGGGGGAGGGAUUAGACUUGUUCUACUUGGUCCCACAAGCAGAACCAGGAGUCAGAGGGGUAAAAGACAGAAAAAGGUAGCCUGGGGUUUGAUGUCAAUAAGAACCUGCUCUCAGAGGUGGAACCCCUGCUUCGGGGGAUCUGAAUUCAAGCCCCCUGGAGGUCUUAAUACUAAACCACCCCUGCUUCCUGGUAUAAACUCCACUUGGUCAUUGCUGUAAUCUCCUUGCUAGUAUUUUAUUUAACUUUUUUGCAUUGAUAUCCAUUAGGGAAAUGGGUCUAUAGUUUUCUUUCUCUGUUUUUGCUCUUCCCUCCAGAAGUCUUUUUGAAGGUUGGAGGUACCACUUCUCGGGAGUGGGUGUGUAGGUCAUAAUCAGCUGGUAGAUGACGGUCUUCUUCUGGCAUGGCUUGAAUGAGAUGGUCCCUGAGCUUCCUUCCCACACAGGGAGGCAAACCUUAGAGACGAGCAGUAAGACAGCCAGCUCGGAAGGGAAUGGGGCAUGGGACAGAGCAGACUCCAAGAGUUACAGCUGAGGGCUGGAAAAGAGGCAUCACUUGACAAAUAGUCGUUGAAUUGGUCUUCAGAGCAGUCAGAACUCACAUUUCUGUAGCCCUUUGUAGUGAAGAGUUUUCUUUCCCCCUGAAGAAAGUUGUAUCAAUAAUAAUGAUAUGGCACCUUUUAUAGAGGACUUUGGGGUUUGUGAAGCACUUUAUAUAAUGAUCACAUCCUAUCCUCACAACAACCCUGGAAGCUAGGUGCUACCAUUAACCCCCUUUUUACAGAUGAAGAAACUGAGGCUCUUGGAGAGAUUAAGUGACUUGCCUGCAGUUUCAUGACUAGUGUAAAUGGGGGAAAUGGGAUGGAAACACAGGCCUUUUGACUUCAGGUCCAGUAUUCUUUGCUGCCUCCUUCAAGAACUAAAUGGUUCUUUCCAAGUAUCCUGUUGUUCUUCUAGACCUUGACCUUUGAGGUUAGUUUUCCAUACACAUAUUUCCUCCACCUUCUAAUCCCAGAAAAAACAAUAUUGCCUUUGGGCCCAAUUUUAUGCUCGAGAAGGUCUUUGAAUCCCAGAUAAACUAGUUUCUUGGCUGCUACCUUACUCAGCAAGUCCUCUGGUCUUCCCCUAGUACCACCCUGCUUCCUUCCUGGCCUGGGCUCUUAGGCCUUGCUCCUCCUGGGUCAAGCCCCCUCCCUACACCCUUGGUCAUUGCUCUCCCCACCUUUUCUGUGGCCUUCUGGCCACUCACAAUACCUACAUGCAUAUUAGAAGAUAAUCAUCUGCUUCACCAGGAGGUUCCUUUAGUUUUUCCACAUGACAUGUAAAAUGGCCCUAUGAUAUGGUAAAUAGGGAGCCACUGUUAUAGUCAAUAAAACUUGGGUUCACCCUGACAUCUAUAGCUAUGUGACCUUGGACAAGUCACUAACCCUCCCCCUGCCCCAGCAACUCUCCAAGACUAUCAUUUGUAGGGUAGCUGCCAUCUGUACUGAUUGAUAUAGGGAAGAGCUCUUUGCCCAGAACUUUCUAACAUGGAUGGAAAUCCUGGGUUUGGUCCCCAAAAAGCACCAUUUAAAAUACCUAAGAAUUUUAAAAUUAAAUAGACUCCCAGAACAUCAGAGCUAGAAGAGCCCUCCAAGGUUAUCUUCUAAAGAAACUUGAGGCCCAGAGAGACAAAACCAUUUGUCUAAGAUCAUGCAUGGAGUUGGUUUACAUUUUAACAAAGAAACCUUUGCCCUGAGUUGUUUUUGUUUUGCUACAUCCUUGUUUUUUAAAAAUAUUUUUCUUUUUUCCCAACUACCUGUAAUAGCCAUUUUUUAAUGUUUUCCAAAAUGUUGAGCUCUAAAUUUGAGCUAAAAUCAAGCUCCUUGAGAAGGCAAGCAACUUGAUCUAGGUUAGACGUGUGUGUUCAUGCAAAACAUCUUUACGUUCUUUUUCCCUAGUUCUAAAGUCUUGGGAGUUGAGGAGAGGUGAGGCAGACUAAUCUCAUCUACCCCAGGUCUCAUUCAAUUUGGGGGAGGGAUGUUUGGAGCCAGUGUCCAGACAAAACUUUAAUUAAAGAAAAAAAGUUUAAUUGGACAUAAGAAUGAACUUCUUGACGCCUGGGGCUACCCAAGUCUGUCCUUGGACUUCUUUAGUAGGUUAAUAGUUAGCCAGCUCUCCUGGAUAAUGGAAACAUUCAUUUGCCUAAGAGCAAAGGGGUGGCCCAGAUGACCCCUUAAAAUUCCCUCAGCAUCCUCCAUGAUUUAACUUUUCUGCACUUCAGUUUGAGGAGGUUGAACUUCUAAGGCCCCUUCAGUCUAUAAAUCCAUAAAUGGUCCUGUGAGCCCAUCACACAGCAAGAAACAUAGGAUGAGUACACUACCUAGCAUAAGCUUCCAUCUUCCAUCGCCAUUGCCAUUCCUCUUCCCUCUCGACUCUUCCCUUCCUCCUUCCCCCAGGAAGCUUUUCUUUUGGAUUUUUUCCAGUGCCCGGUCAGAAUCUGGGGCGAGCCCUGAUAAAUACACAUGCACGCACACACGCACGUUCCCAGUGGUGGGACAAAGUAAACGGUUUUGGAAAUGUUUGCCGGUCUAAGUGGGAAGUGGGGUUAAGAGAGGGGGCAAACCAUGUUAUCGGUGGGGAUUACACUGGCUAUAUUUGUACAUAUCCUUGUCUCUGAUUUGGAUAUUUGUCUUCUCUAUGCACCUAGGAACAUUUUAGCUAUGACUAUAGAUGAACCAAUUGGUUUUUUUUAAAGUGUUUGUGUGUUUUUAAACAGUCCUUACCAUGUAAAGAUUAUUAAAUUUUACUAAAAAUUUUUGAAUUUUACUUUUGUAAUUUUGGGGUAAUUUUCUAGAUUUUUAUUUUAUGGCCAAUUUUGUAUGGAAAUGUCGUGUAUUUUUUUCUUUUUAUGAUAGCAGUAAACCUUAACUGUCAACAUCUAUAAACAUGAUUCAUAUACAAUUAAGUUUCCUUUGUAUUAGGGAUUUUUUAAAGCAAUUGUGUUUCUUACAUGGUGCUUCCCUCCUUCAAAAAGCUACUCUGUUUUACAUAUUGUGAAUGCUGAAGAUUAAGAAAAAUAAAAGAUGAACUUAAAACCUC